AUGACCGUCGCGGUCCUGACAACGACAACCACAGCGACGACCACACAUCGUGAGCCGCUGAGAGUAGUUGACAUGGCGACGUCGCAGGCACGGCCUGCGUCGUCGUCUGCACAUGGCAACGGAGAAACGCGACGAGGAAGACGAACGAGUGGGCGAGGCGAAUCGAAGGAGAAUGGCGGGGAUGAGAAUACUGCUCCCCAGAAAUCAACGCGGAGUGCAGCGAAACGAAAUGCUGCGGUAUAUGAUGAAGACGAUGAGGGGUUCAAAUUCACGCGAGCGGCGGCUACCAAAAAGCCCAAGAUAGGUUCGGAAAAUGCUCCUGAGAACGAUUCUGCUGUGGACCAAGUAUCGAAACCAAAGUCAACAAGAGGCCGCCCGCCGAAGAAGCAGACAGGCAAAGCACAGAGUCAAUCGGUUGAGGAAGAUGUUAGUGUUAACACAGCAAAUGGGAGGCUAUCAAGAGGGCGUAGGGGAAAGACUUCCCCGGAGCCAGAAGUGCAGAGUGGGAAACGGCCUGGCGGGAAACGAAAAGAUCCGCCACAAUCUACACAAAAGACCCCAAAGAAAGGUAGACCGUCGUUGUCAAAAACUACAGGAACGGAUUCACAAUCACCUGAGACUACUCAUGAUGGAACCACGAAGAUUGCGUUGCCCAUGGCAGAUACACCAGUCAUUCGACGAAAUAAGGAAAUGAGACAAGAGCGUUCGGGGAGGGAGCAAAGAAGAAGUAGUCUCGGGAUGAGAGGACGAAGGGCGAGUUCUCUGAUAGAUUCAGGAGCAUCAAAUGCAAUCCCACAUAAAGAAGUCUCCACAGCCGAGUUUUAUAAACACAUUGCGAGUGAUGGGCCUUCAGAGCCUCGUCGAAUGAAGCAAUUAUUGACAUGGUGCGCGACCCGCGCAAUGGAACAGAAACCAUCCCAGUCUUCUUCGGUUGAUGACGAUGCUCGAAGAGCAGCCCGGUUCAUUCAAGAACAGUUAAUCGAGGAUAUCACAAAUAAAUCUGAGCUAUCGGACUGGUUUGCACGAGACGAUGCCCCUACGCCGACAGUUAUUGUUAAAAAGCCCAAUCCGAAAAACAUACAGAAUGCGGAGAAACUCAAGGAGCUAGAGAGUCAGAUAACCCGGUUACAAAAUGAAAAACAGGCUCUCAAGGCGUUGCUACGGCCUCCUUCAAUACCAAAACUUGAAGCACCAAGCCCUCAAGGCAACUCAGAAUAUUUCUCUUCAUCCCACACCUCAUUACCGAUUGAUACUGCUACGCUAGACCCCCAGCAAAAAUCCAUUAUUACUACAAUUGGACUUGAAACUCUCCAAAGAAAUAAGAACAACAAAGUCGAUAAAAAGACGCUUCAGCCCACAGUCACCAACCCACCUCUCCCACCUGCGACGGUUUCCAAUCGCCUAUCUCACAUCACUUCAUCCUUGGCCCCAACGUUGGACGCAUUUGCUUCCGGUUUGCAUGACAUAGACAUAUAUCGCUCAUCAGCCGACCGGCUAUCAUCAGAGAUACUCCGGAUCUGUUCGCAACGUUUAGAGGAAAGAGACAUUCGCAACGCUGCCCAAACGCGAGAGAUUGAAGGUGAUGUCGACCAAGACGAUGGAGGCGGAGGCGAGGAGAAUACUAAGGAUUCAUCGCGACCCCGACAGACAAGACGACAAAGAGAGGAUGUUGGCGUUAUUCUCGGGGCCUUGAGUCGUGUUGAAAGACGAUAA